AUGACCAUAAUUUCCACAGGCUUCUCCUCGAAGACACAAAUACUUUUAUCGCGCCAAAACUAUGAAAUAUCCAAACAGGAGGUUGAUACCACCCUCUUCAACUUCAUUAAACAACUAAAUGCGCAGUGCGGAGAUCACACAUACUUUGAAUUUAAUAAUCAUCGCUACAUCUACCAGCCCGUAGAAUCGCUAUACGUGUUCGUAAUCACCACCAAAAAUUCAAAUGUUAUCGAAGAUUUAGAAGUUGUUAAAAUGCUCUCACAAAUUGCCCAAACCGUCACAAAACAAUGCGUUAGUGAAAAAACUAUAAUGGAUAACAUUUUCGACCUUAUAUUCUACAUGGACGAGAUCGUUAUCGAUGGUAACCGGGAAGCCCUCACCAUGGACCAAUUGGAAACAUACAUUGCCAUGGAGUCCCACGAAGAAAAGCUUCAGCUCAUGCUGAUUAAGAACAAAGAAAAGGAGGAAAAGGAAAGAAGGAGGCAGAUCGCCAUGAAGCUGGACAAGGAGAAACAGAGGAAAAAAUUAGAUACAUACUUUGCCUCUCCUCCCGCGCCCUCCAGUCCACCCCAGCCCCAAAGUGCAUCGGAAGGGUACCUGGAACAGGCAGAAACCUUAUUCGCGGCCCGUCCUGAAAAUACCCACGCCUGUGGGAUGCAACUUACCAGGGCCAAGCAGGCCAAGAAAUUGACGGACCUGGCGCUGGAGUCUGGCUUCAGCCUACAGCCCAUAACAGCACACCAGCAUGCAGACGGACCGGGGAAAAACGCACCAGGGGCCACAAAAAUAGCCUCCGAUGUACCGUUGCUGGUACGAGUAGAGGAAAAAUGCAAUGGUUUGAUGGAUAUAGAGCGGGAUGUGACCAAGCUCACAUACCAGGGCAGCUUGAUUUUGACCGUUUACGACACAGAGAUAGCAUCUAUGGCAUCGCUGCAAUUUGAAAUUGGCGAUAAUUGCAAGUUCAAACCCAAAUACCAUCCCAAUCUUGACAAGUCAAAAAUUGUAGAUGGAGUGCUGGAAAUUAAGGACGGCCCCCCCUUCAGGCUGAACUGCCCUGUCUCGCUGGUCAAGUGGAGGCAUGACACGACUGAACCCGUUAUGCCCUUCUCUGUCUCCUGCUGGUCCUCUUGUGAUUCGAUAGAGACGUCCCUGUCGGUAGAGGUAUCCAACCAGGAUCAGACGGAGCUUUGCAACGUUUCGUUGGAGUUCAACUGUCCGCGUACAGUUAAGACGAAGAUAAACAAUUCACAGGACGUAAAGGUUUACCAUGAAAAUGAUGUGAUGUAUUGGGACCUGGGAACUGUAGCCAAGGACGAGAGCAAAACCAUAGGAUUCUCAGUGCAAAUGGACCUGGAUUCCCUUGUGCCAUUUAGUUUCAGUGCAGAGGCAUAUGUAAACUACUUUAACAUAAAAGUUACAAACUGUUUUGACAAAAACGGGGGCGGUGACAUCAAUCACAAAGUAGUGCACAAAACCUGCUACAGCCUCAAGGUGGACCGCUCCGCGUAA